GUGAAAGGUCGGCCGCCCGUCGGUGGAGCAGCAGAGGCGGAAGCUUCCUGUCCGGUGGCUCGAGACAAAAGCGGCGCUGUUACCAUAACGGUGCACGCGAAGCCCGGAUCCAAGCACAGCGGCAUCACAGACGUCUCUGCUGAGGCGGUGGGAGUUUCCAUCGCGGCGCCGCCAACAGACGGAGAAGCAAACGCUGAGCUGGUUCGCUACCUGGCUGAAGUCCUGGAGCUGAAGAAAAGUCACGUAUCUCUGGACAAGGGCUCCAGAUCCAGAGACAAGCUGAUCAGAGUGGACUCCUCUCUCAGUCCGGAGGAGGUACUGAGGAGGCUCAGGGAGGCUGCGGGCUGACAGGAGGGACGGAGGAGGUGGACGGAGGAGGUGGACGGAGGCUGAAAGAGGCUGCAGGCCCGCAGGAGGACAGAGGAUAGAGGAGCACACAUGUCACAGCUGGACCAGUACAGUUACUGGGGGGUCUGAAAAACCACGACAUCACCAUGGAAACGGACUGAUGUCCAUCCCCAGACCUGCUGGAGGAGGACGGGGUGAUGAAGAUGAAGUCACUCGUGUAAAAGAGCUUUUAAUGCUCGUUGUUUGGUGUCUUUAAAUAAACAGAUUGUGAGAAUGAA